AUGGACCCAGGCACGCGAUCCAUCUGGUAUCUGUGCUGUGAACGUUCCACGGGCCUUAACGUCCUCUCCUCUCGGUGUGUUCUUUCGUGGGUAGAAGCCUCGGCCAGAGAGGCCCAGAGAAAGAGGACAGUCAUCUCUCCUUCUCAGACAAGGAUCCUCGUGCAAGCCUUCACGAGGAAUCGCUUCCUGGGGAUUGCCGCCAGGGAGGAACUGGCUCGUCAGACGGGAAUCCCAGAACCUCGCAUCCAGAUAUGGUUUCAAAACCGAAGAGCUCGGCACCCCCAGCGGAGCCCAAGCGGGCCCGGCAACGGCCGGGCCCAGGGGCCCAGCGGCGCAUCAGCCACGACGACUCCUGCUCCAGAGGACCGAAGGGCCCCACCCGCUGUCCAGAGCACCUCUCCUCCCCUUCGCCCCUCUCAGCCACAGGAGAGCAUGCCACCCUUGGCUGCAGCUGCUCCUUUUGGGGCCCCCACUUUCUGGGUGCCCGGGACUGCCUCUGGGGUCUGUGUGGGCCAGCCGUUGAUGAUCUUCAUGGUCCAGCCCAGCCCGGUGGCUCUCCAGCCAAGUGGGAGGCCACCACCUCCUCCCCGGGGAGCAGUUCCCUGGGCCGCGCGCUCCCCUGCCGUCACGGCCCCCGGGCAGCCUGGGCAAGGGGCCAUCCUGCCGCCUCCACAGCCAGAGACACACAUCCCGCGGUGGCCGGAGUCACCCUACGGUGAAGGCACGGCCCCUCCGCUAGAGCCACAGCCCCAGCCCCCCAGCCUUCCGAGCUCCACGAGCCUCCUAGAUGAGCUCUUGGCGGCCACGGGCGCCCCGGACACGCAGGCGCCCGCCCCGGGGGCCGCUGCCGACGAAGGGGUGGACCCUGCCCUCCCAGGGCCACCCAGCUUCCUAGACGAGCUCCUGGCGGCCACGGGCAUCCCGGACACGCCGGGGCCUUCCACGCGGGCCUCUGUCGUCGCAGCACAACAGCCGGCUCUCGCCGGCACGCCCAGCCUCUUAGAGGAAGUCUUGGCUGCCACGGGCAUCCGCGCCACGCCGGGGCCUUCCCUGGGGCCCUCUGCCGAUGAACGAGCACACCUCGCCCUCCCAGGCGAGCUCCUGGCUGCCCCGGGCCUCCCGGGCUCGCCGGUGUCCUAUAAUGACGGAUCUGCCUUGUCACUUAAAGAUGAGUUUGAUUGUCCUGCGCUGUGCUAA